ACGGCCAUUUUAAGUCCAUCAGUCGUCAUUUCACCUCGCUACAGUAGGACGGAGAACGUCAGGACUCAAUUUCAUCAUAUUUCUCUUACAACUGUAGUGGAGAAUUGCCUACUAUGAACUGAACCUCUUCCUCAAACCAAUACUAGUAGAUCCUAGUGAAGUGACGCAUAAGCCAGUAGACUGCUGAGUGUCGAGUUGUAAUUUUUUGCACCUCAAUGUAGCUUGAAGGAAAUGGCUGUGGAAAGCAUGACUGUCCAUCCAAACUCCCCAACUACCAACCACGAACACAACAGUCUCCUGACUGACGAAAGGCCGGAGGAUGGCGAGCUGGAGGAGGGCGAGCUGGAGGACGACGGCGGAGAUGUGGAGGAGGCCGACGCGGGCGGAGGUGCCCCUGCAGCCGCGGGGGGCGGAGGAGCGGCCGGAGACGGGUGCGAGGAUGCGGGCGGCGGAGGUGAAGGCGGAGGAGAGGCGGCGGCGGCGGCGGAGCGGCCCCGCAGGAGCCGAGAGCGCCACGGCAGCAGCGACUCGGACGAGGAGCGAGCGCACCGGCGCAAGAGGAAGCGCAAGAAAGAGCGAGAGAGGGAGCGCGAGAAGAGGAGGGCCAAGAAGAAACGCAAGUCCAAACAUAAACGCCACGCCUCCUCUGACGAUGACCACUCGGACUACAGCGACGACUCCGACUACAGUCCCAGCGAGAAGAGGAAGUACCGGGAGUACAGCCCGCAGUACCCGCCUCCGUCCCACGGCGGGUACGGCGGCUCGAAGAAAGGCGGCUACAUGAAGAUGGACAAGCAGAGCUACGGCGGCUACGACGACUACGAAGAGGACAACUACGAGGGCGAGGAAGACGAGGACAUGGGCGACGAAGACUAUGACGACUUCACCAAGGAGCUCAACCAGUACCGCAAGGCGAAGGAGGGCGGCCGCGGCGGGCGAGGGAUGAGGGGGCGGAUGAAGAUGCUGAGAGGCCGCGGAGGGAUGAGGGGGGGCCGCAGAGGAAGAGGAGGUAGCCGAGGAAGAGGGCGAGGCGGGAAGAUGGGAGGAGACGACGACGGGGACGGUUACGGAGACGAGAUGGAGUACGGCGAGGAGGACUAUGACAACAUGGGGGACGACGACUACGACGACUACUCCAAAGAGCUCAGUCAGUACAAGAAGUCCAAAGAUCGAGGCAGAGGAGGUAAAGGACUCCGCGGCCGAGGCCGGGGCAAAGGGGGGCGAGGGAUGCUCCGAGGAGGGAAGGGCCGGAACCGGGGCCGGGGCAGAGGAGACAUGGGCAUGGACGACGACAACAACGGAGACAUGGACAACGGGGAUGGAGGCGGAGGAGAUGGACACGGACACGGACACGGACAUGGACAUGGGCACGGACAUGGACAUGGACACGGACCAGGGAGGAGGAACCACAACGACAAACAUCAGGACAAGAAAGGAAAAGCCAUCUGCAAGUACUACAUCGAGGGCCGCUGCACCUGGGGGGAUCACUGUAACUUCAGCCAUGACAUCGAGCUGCCAAAGAAAAAAGAGCUGUGCAAGUUCUACAUCACAGGAUACUGCGCCCGAGCCGACCACUGUCCCUACAUGCAUGGCGAGUUUCCCUGUAAACUCUUCCACACCACAGGAAACUGUGUCAACGGCGACGAGUGCAUGUUCUCCCACGAGUCCCUCAACGACGACACUCAGGAGCUGCUCAACAAGAUGCUGGCUGAAGAUGCAGAAGCCGGAGCCGAGGACGAGAAGGAGGUGGAGGAGCUGAAGAAGCAGGGGAUCAACCCCCUCCCCAAACCCCCCCCUGGAGUCGGCCUCCUGCCCACCCCUCCUCGGCCGGUUCCCGUGGACACCUCCGCUCCCCCCGGGGAUUUCUGUGGACCCCCGCCCACCGACUUCGGCGGUCCCCCUGGGCCGAACCAGGGUCCCAUGGCUAACAAACCCCCCCCUGUCCCGGGCCCCGUUCCAGGGCCCAACCCUUGUGUUGGUCCUCCUGUGAUCGGUCCUGAUGGAAGCCCCUUUCAAGGCGCACCCCCGAAUCCCGGAGGACCUCCUCCGCCUCCUCCCCACAUGGGCCCCCCACCUCCUGCUGGGGCGGGAGCGGGAGGACCAGCGGCCGCAGCGGCUGCGGCGGCGGCGGCAGCAGCAGCAGCGGCAGCAGCAGCCUGCCUCGGGAAGAAGAUCCCCUCGUUGUUUGAGAUUAAAGUUCAACCAACGGGACAGCUGGCUCAGAAACUGGCUGUCAGGACUCAGUCUCCCAGCGGGACCCAGGGACAGGCAGCAGCACCACCCCAGGGGGCCCCUGCAGGGGCCCCUCCCCACUUCCCUCCCCCGGCUGGCAUGAUGCCCCCCGACAUGCAGAACAUGGGCCCCGGUGGUCCCCCUGCGAUGGGAGGGUUCCCUCCUGGGGAGGGGCCCCCGCCCGGGUCUCAGCAGGGUGGAGGGAACUUCUUCAACAACUUCUACAGUCAGCAGGAGGGCGGGCCGAUGGAGGGAGUGAUGGAAGAAGGUGAUAACUACCAGGGUUUCUCCGGCGGGGACGAGAGGGGGGCCGCCGGGGCCUUUCAGUCCGGAGGGCAGGAGGGCUCAGCCAACGGCGCCUCGGCCAAUCAGGGAGGGAUCUCAGUACCAGACUUCCUGCCUCCGGCGCAGCGCGUCCUGUUCAUGAGGAUCCAGCAGAAGCAGCAGGAGGAGGAGGAGCGAGCCCGAAGGAUGGCGGAGGGAGGGGCAGAGAAGAGCAAGGAUGCGGAAGGCGACUCGGGGAACUGGUACUCCAGUGAGGACGAAGAUGGCGGCAGCAGUGUGACCUCCAUCCUGAAGACCCUCCGCCAGCAGACGCAAGCUCCUCAGAAGUCCGACGGCCCGCCCGGCAACCCGCGCCUCCAUAAGGCUUCCAACCCCCCCAGUCGGCCCACCGACCCCCGCCUGGCGCGGGACCCCCGCCUGGCCCGCGCCGCCGAGGCGGCCCAGGUCGACCCCGGCCACGCGGCGGCGGCUCCCUCGUCGUCCGGACCGCCCGCGGACCCUCGGCUAGCCAGGCUCACCGCCACCGCCUCGUCGGGAUCCGCCUCCCACUCUCCUCCCGCUCCGAAGCCGGAGCCCCCCCUGGUGUACAAGCCGCCGCCGCUCACGGCCCCCGCGGCGGACGAAGAGGAGACGGAGCGGGUCCUGAGGGACAAGCCGGUGCCCAUCCCCCUGGACCCCCUGAUGGGCAUGGCCCUGAGGGACCCCCGCUCCCAGCUGCAGAAGUUCAGCCACAUCAAGAAGGACAUCGUGCUGCACCUGCCCGCCUUCAUCAAGACCAUCACCUGGUCCCCCGAGGACCUGCUCCCGCUGCCCGUCCCCAAGCAGGACCUGCUCCCCCUGCCGCCGGGCAUCCCCCCCGUGCCGUCCCUGGAAGCCCGUCUGCCCCGCCCCCAGCAGCACUCGCAGCCCGCUCCCUCGUUGGACCCCCCGGCCCCCCCCUCCUCGUCAGGCUCCUCGCUCCCGGACUUCGAGCUGCUGUCUCGGAUCCUGAAAACUGUGAACUCCGGCACGUCCCAGAGCCCGCCUCCCCCUCUCUUAACGCCCGGGGCCGCCGCCCUCCCGGGUCAGCCUCCCCCGAUGCCCCCCGCCCCCUCCGAAAAGCCCAUCGACCCCCGCGUGGCCCGUAAAGCCCCCUCAGACCCCCGCCUCCAGCCCCAGAAGUCGGCGCUGAAGCAGCCGUCGGAGCCUGCGCCGGCCCCCCACUCGUCCACGCCCCCCUCCACCACGUCCGGGUCCUCGCCGCCCGCCACCGCUCCCUACGACCCGCGGCUGCUGUCGGCCGGCGGCGCGGGGCGCGGCGUGGGGGCCGGCGCACCGGGGGGCGCCAGCGUGCUGAGCAACAUCAGCCUGUACGACCCCCGGACUAACAAGCCGGGCAGUCCUGGAGCCGGCUCCAGCAACUCCCCAAACUCCUCCGGCACGGAGUCCAAAGGGGGCGACGCCGCCGCCAGUAAACCCAAAUCCAAGGAGCCGCUGUUCGUGCGGAAGUCUGCGCUCGACCAGCCGGAGCCCGAGAAAAGCGUGGAGCAAGGAAGCGACCGCUACAACAGCUACAACCGGCCCCGGCCCAAACCCGCGCCCUCGCCCAACUCCGCGGCGCAGGGCGGCUCCGCCGCUGCCGCCGGAGGCCCCGGCGCUCCCGGAGCCCCCGCCGCCGCCGACCAGGGCCCCUCGGGCGUCCACAGCCUCCCGGUGUCCUCUCUGUUUGGAGUGGUGAAGCAGGCGGGCAAGCCGGGCGGCGCCGGCAGCCCGUUCGGGGGAAGCAGCCCGGCGCAGCCCGAGCAGACGGCGGCGGAGCAGGACAACGCCUCCCUGAAGGACGUUUUCAAAGGCUUCGACCCCACGGCGUCGCCCUUCUGCCAGUGACCCCGCCCCAGCCCCUCCCCUCCCCUCCCCCGCCCCUCCCCCUCCCCCGCCUGAUGCAUCCAGGUGCUGCCUUGUUUUAGCUUUUUUUUUUUUUUUUUUUUUUUUUGGACACUGAGCUGAUUGGUGAUAAACUGAGUGAACGUAAGACACGGGUUCAACACACACACACACACACACACACACACAGUGUUGCAGAUGCAGAUUCUAUUAAAGACUGAGGGGUUGGGGGAAGGGUUUGAAGUUAAAUCUCUAUUUUAAACAGACAUAUUGACCUAUAAAUAGACGUAUUCUCUUCCUCUCUGCUUGGUGAAAACCGUCAUUCAGACAGCAGCAAACGCAUUUACUGGGAAUGAACCGUUUGAGCUUCUCAUUCCUCGACUCAUUUCUUUUCUAAGCUAAUUUUCACGUGUUCAGAGCAGUGAGCUUUUUUUUUUCCUUCAUUAUUGUUUGAAGGUUCAUCUGAUUGUCCCUUCAUCCCCUGCCGGUGUUUGUGGUUCUGUUUCUCUGGGCGAUUCUUCCUGUUUGCACCGUUCAGGAACAGAUCGCUGCCUUUUUCAUGCACUGCCCUCCUGUUAACGUUCCCUCCCAUUAAAAAGUUUGUUUCUCUGCAGAGAUGUUUGCAAAUAUCUAAAUAUAAAUCUAUAUUCUGCUUGAUUUUUUUUUUUUUUGUUUUUUAAUAUUUAUUUUUCUACUUCUUUGCACUGUUAGCUGGCAUCCUGAAGCUUGUAAUCAUAUUUUUAAUGUGUGUAAAAAAACAAAAACAAAAAAAACUCUUCCAGGUUGUUCAUGAACUGUUUUGUUUCUAUUAUCUGGCACUUUUCCCUGAAACGGGUUCAGAGGGGCUAACCUUUGACCUUUCGGUGAGAAGUCUGUCACCACUUUCUCAGAUCAUUCACACAGAUUUUGCCUUUAAUUGUCAUUGUGUCGGCUUCGGCGGAGGCGGGGCGGCGGCCCCCCCUCCGGCGGCUCAUCGCAGGCAGCUGUUGGUUCACCGGAGCUUCGGUUUGAUUUAAUCCUGAUCAGAAGACGAUCGUUUCACCCACUGACUUCUCACAGCUUUUCUUUUCUCGUGUCUUUAUCUGGUUUCUUUAACAACCUCAGAUCUGUGAGAAAGCCGGGAGUAAUUUGCCGCCUCGACGCGUCGCCGGUACAAAUUUUUACAGACUGACAAUCAGAAAUGACUUUAAAGUUGAGGAGUCGGUUGAGUCUGAGGCGACGAGGCUCCUGCCGCCGCUCACCGGUCCCAACUCAUGUGAAAACAGAACCCGACUCGUCAGUGAAAUUCUCUUUUCCUGCACAAACAAAACCUGAGUUCCAAACAGUGAACACACCUGAAGAUGGGCGUUUUUCUGUCCUCGAGCAGCAGUUUGGACUCGGCGUCUGUGUUUCUGCCCGGCGAACAUUUCAGAUGAGGAGAGGAGCGCUCAGAUUGUACAAACCGCUCUCAGGAUCAUCUCCAGCACCUCUUUGUGUAUAAAUGUUAAUCAUUCUUAAUUUAUUAUUUUUUUUUACAUACUCGGGUGAAUGUUCUGCCUCACGUUUGUUUUUUAAGCUGAAUCAGUUUGCGUGUGGCAGGAACGGAGACGGCGAGGCUCACUUCUUCAUCCGGUGUUUUGUGUUUUGAAGAUUCACUAACAGCUGCAGUCGGCGUGAAACUUAUCUUCUUCGUCUUGUUUUCUACAUUUUUUUUUUUUGUUUUUGUUUGUUUUUUUCUCGCUCUGUAAAUUUGACCGGUGUCCUUCCUUUGGAGGAGUUUUCUAACUGUACACUGUAGCCCAGACUGUAAGUAUUUAAAUAAAGUUGAUACCUGAUCAACCAGGUUAAAAGAAAAAGGAAGUUUUAUUGGUGUGAUUGAAGACUAUUAAAUAACGGCUUCCUGUUUUUAUUAAAAGAAAAUAAAAGUUUUACUCUGCACUUUUUGUGGAA